GCGAAAAAGAAAGUUCACGGCCUUCCAUUUGUUCCCUUUUAUCAGUGGCCCGUGCUUGUAUAUAAGGACACCCUCGUCGUGCAGAUUGUUUCAGCAGCAGCAGCAGCAAUCUCUCCUCUCUUUGUUAUAUUUCGGAGCCACACGCUGUGUCUUGUUAAGUUCAUUGUGAGCAGUAACGAUGAGUAGGCCCGGAGAUUGGAACUGCAAGUCCUGCCAGCACCUCAACUUCCAGAGGCGCGACUCGUGCCAGCGCUGCGGGGACACGAGGUGUGGCAGCGGGGACUUUGUGAGCUUCGGCGGAAGGAGCGGAUCCUCGGUCGGGUUCACCGGCUCCGAUGUCCGUCCUGGAGAUUGGUACUGCACCGUCGGGAACUGCGGGACGCAUAACUUUGCUAGCCGCUCAACCUGCUUCAAGUGCGGUGCGUUCAAGGAAGACUUGGCCAGCAGCUAUGAUUUCGACGUGCCGCGCUCUAGAGGUCUAGGCAGCAACGGCAGUGCCAGCCGAUCCGGAUGGAAAUCGGGUGAUUGGAUCUGCAAUAGGUCUGGAUGCAAUGAACAUAACUUCGCCAGCAGAAUGGAAUGUUUCCGGUGCAAUGCCCCUCGGGACUACUCUAGCAACCGAUCUUACUAGGUCUAUGCAAAGUGCUUUUCAAUUUUGGGCAUUGCGGCCACCAAGAGAGACCGGGGACAGGAGCUUCAACUUUUGCUUUUGGGAUGUUUCUCUAAUUGGCUGCGAAAUCUCUUUGGGCAGAGAAGCAUGUCCUCCCUAUAAUCUGUCUCUUAAGAAACAUUUGUUUAGGUCUUCUUAUCAUAAGGCUAAUUGUCGUUUCCAUUUAUUAUUUGGGUGUGUGAGUGCUAGCAAAUCUACUUAUUAGUUCUCGAGCUAGAGGAGAAAAAGAGCACUUCACGUGCUUUUUGGUGCUUUUCUUCUCUUUUCUUGUAGUAUUCCCCUAUAGAAUCGUAUUGUUAUGUUGGGUUUGUUCCCCUGAGUGGAGAUUUGUUAGUAACAAAUCUUCAACUCUCCCUCUUU